UACCUAGCUCAUCCAUCCCCCCUCGAGGCUAAGCAUCUAGCUGGUCUAGCUCUACACAAGCGCCCGUGCCUCGCUCCGAUGCCAAUGUCAGAUCUCGUCGGCGGUGGCGCCGCCGCAUGUGGUCCCUCGAAUCCUCUGCAGACGCUGGGAAAGAGAUUCGGUCAAGAUCGAAGUGGCCAGCUUGACCGCUUCAAUCAGGCUGGGUCUUCGAGGUCUUCGGGCUUUCGCUCAUCUCCAGCUUCUGGACAGCAUCAACAGCCGCAGCAGGAUGGCUUUCAGCUCAAUCCCGUGGGACCCCUUGAUUUGACCCCUCUGCAGCAUGCGCUGCCUCAUCAUCAUGCGCCACAAGCAGCUCAUCAAUUUGCGCCGGGCGUCUCGAAUCAGGCCAACUUCGAGGCGAGCUUUCGUGCUCCGCCACCUGCUCAGCAGCAGCAUCAGCCAGGACCGCAAUCGCAUGCCUGGUCAUCAGACUUCCUCGCAGGUGGUCCAUCGCAAGCUUCUGCUUCUCGACAGGCUCCAGGUCUAUCUGCGAAAACCGGCCCUGCCACCUAUGCCCGCCAAGGCGGCAUGCCUCAGCGAUACGGCAGUCCUAUGGGCGGCUUUGCCUCGCAUGGCCCGCAAAUGUAUCAGCCCACCAUGUAUCAACAGCGUCAGGCCUCUCCUCUUGCUACCGUACAGCCUCAAGAUGACAAGAACUGGAGCGAGGCCUACACUGCCUAUGACUCUGCGCAAGCUCCAGUCACUGAUGCGCCACCUCAGCAGAUCAUCGAGGAGAAGCAUGUCCACCCAGAGAUGACUGCAGGCGAGGCAGACGAGCUCGCUCGCACAGCCGGGCGCCUGGUCUCCACAGUUGAGCACGACCAGAACGACAAGUUCAAGCAGAGCAACUUCCUCAACUUGAUGCGCAAGCUGCGCGACCGUGAGGCGGGGAUUCAAGGUGAUGAUAUCGUGCCUAUCGAGGGGCAGCAGGGCGCUGCGGUGGCGAGCGGCCUCGAGAAGGAAGUGGAAGGGACCGCACGCCUUGACAAAGGCAAGGGUCGAGCUUUCGACAGCUCCAUGCACGCACCGCAGAGCGAGAGAGAGGAGAUUGCGCGCCGGCAAGCCAUGCUCCGCGGCGUCGGCGCCGAUGGCAAUCUGCAAGCCCCCAUGAGCGCGCAAGGGCAAGGACAAGAUCGAGAUUGGCUCAACGAGAUGUGGGCCGAGGAGGACCGACGCAGUGAAGCCAUCGAGGAGCGUGCUCGUCAAAACACCGCAGCCAAUCGCGCCUUCAUCGGUGACGGCGGUGACAUGGCUGCCCGCAUGGCGGAGGAUGAUGCUGAGGCCAAGCUCUUUAGGCAGCACCGUGACCUUGGAGCCAACGUGGCUGGGGCCGGAAUGCGCACAGGCUGGGAGGAGAAGAUGGAUGAUGACGAUCUCUUCAGUCAAGAGGAUUUCGUGGGCCGAAGCUGGCGAGGCGCCGAGGGGCGUGGUCGCUCACAUGUCGGUCAAGCGGCAGAGUGGGAUAAGUUGCAGAGCGACUGGGAUGCCUUUGAGGCUGGACCUGAGGGGCUGCGCAUGAAUGCCCGUCAGCAGCCCUUUACUGCUUCCAGGAUCCCCUCGUACGCUUUCCAGCAGGACAACCCGUACCUUGCUACAACGCGUCAGCACUUGCUUCACACCACCGCAAGCUCCAUGCCCGAGGAGGUGCGCUCCAUCCUCGAGAGCGAGGCAGCUGUUCAGGCAGACCCAACGGACAGCGGCGCGUGGUACAGCUUGGGCGUCAAGCAGCAGGAGAACGAGCGUGAGCGGUCCGCCAUCGCAGCACUGCAUCGCGCCGUGCAGAUCGACCCGUUCAUGAAGGAUGCCUGGCUCGCUCUUGCGGUCAGCUACACCAACGAGUCAGAUCGCCUGGCAACGUACGAGGCUCUCGAGCGCUGGAUCGGCGCCAAUGACCGAUACCCAGACGUGGCAGCCGCACACCCUCGCACGACGUCCUCUGCACCCGCAGAGCGUCAAGCGCAGAUCGUUUCAUCUCUCCUCAGCAUGGCACGUCAAGGCCCCGGCGCACACAUCGGCGAAGUAGACGCGGACGUGCAAGUAGCCUUGGGCGUCCUUUUCAACCUUUCCGAUGAUUUCGCCAAAGCUGUCGACUGCUUCUCCGCAGCCAUCUCCGUGAGGCCAGACGACUGGCUCCUAUACAAUCGCUUGGGUGCUGUACUCUCCAACUCGGGCCGAUCAGAGGAAGCUCUAGGGUACUACCGCUACGCACUGGAGCUCAAGCCAGACUUUGCGCGUUGCCACUUUAAUCUGGCGAUCAGCUGUCUCAACCUCAAGAUGUUCGAGGAGGCCGCGAGGCACACGUAUACUGCGUUGAGCCUGCAGGAGGCAGGGGAGCAGCGCCAGCAGCAGCAUCAGAUGGGCAAGGAGAAGGACGAUGCUGGGAACAAUGGCUCGCUCUGGGAGACAUUGCGUGUUUCGCUCGAGUUGAUGGAUCGCCCUGAUCUGGCGAACACGACGUUGAGGAAGGAUCUGGAGGAUGCGGAUCUGGUUGACUUCUUCAGGCGUGGAGGGAGCGGAGUAGAUGGUGGCGAUGAUGGUGGGUAUGUGGGCUACUAAGGUGGUACGCCUUACGAGGAGCGUACAUGAUCGAAUCUUUGCUACUGCUCUGGAAUAGACUACUCUAGAUUGAGAUUGAAUUGUAUUUGUGGUCGAGG